UUAAUCUAUAAACAAAAUAUAGAGGUUUCUAAAUAUUAUAAUUUUAAUGAAUUGAUACUCUCUAUCUUUCUUUUUUUUUUUUUUUAGGUAACUUAUAAAGUUCCAGAAUGUAUAGGUCAUAAAUGCACUUGCGUAAAUAAAACAUCUGUAUUAUCAACACCUCGUGUAAAUGCAAUUGUUAACAAAUGUUACGUCUUAAUUAAAUGGAACGUAGAAACUAAUAAUACUUAUGUACAUUCUUACAAAAUUAGGUAUAAUAUAAUACAUUCAAUUAGAAAGUAAAAGAUCUUUUAAUUGAUACAUUGUCUUUAAUAUUGCAACAUGGUAUUAUUCAUCAUUUCAGUAUAGGAGUACCUCUGUUAAUGUCAAAAGCAGGUUUUCCUGUAUAUAAUAUCUCACAAAUAGGUAUUACCAAAGCUACAGUUAAUACUUUUUUAUGGAAUUUACAUAAUGGUAAUCGUUGUAAUAAGUUACAGCAUAAUUACAAAGUAUUUGUAACUGGAAUAGAUAAUAAUGGUUGCUUUGGUAAUGAUGGAACAUUUACUAUUGAUUUAAUGAAUCAAAAUUCAUCAAAGGAAAGCUAUAUUAUUGAAUUUAUAUCUAUUGCAGUGAUAUGUAUAAUAUUUACAUUGCUUAGUUUAAUUACUGUUUCUAAAAUAAAGGAAGGAACAUUUAUUUUAAAGGAAGAAUACACAUCACGAAUGCAAUCAAUAGAUUCUAUUUCUAAAUGUAAAUCAAAUUGGGUGAAUUCUAUUCUUCGAAAACAUAAUGUUUUAUACACCGAAUGUAAUACCGAGGUAAUGUCGCAUAAACAGGAAACAAAUGAAUUUGAAAUUCCAUAUGAUUCUUUAAAACUAACUUCUGAAUUGGGUAAAGGUCAAUUUAGUAAAGUUUAUCUUGGAUAUAUAAAUAAUAAUGCAGUACCAGUAGCAGUUAAGAUGUCACGAUUGUCAAAUGAAUUAAAUAGAUUGGAUGUAUAUCAAGAAUUUGUGGAAGAAAUUGAGAUAAUGAAAAAGGCAGGAAAACAUCCACAUUUAGUUAAUCUUAUGGGUUAUUCCAUUAUGCCAGAUAAAUCUAUAUGUAUAAUUUUAGAAUAUAUGAAAGGUGGUAAUCUAUUGGCAUAUUUACAUUCGAUAAGAGAUCAAAAAGCUGAAUCUGAAAUGACUAUUAAUAAUUUGAAUAAAUAUGAAUUUUUAUUUCAUUCUUCUGAAAGUAUAUAUAUUAAUUUAGAGUGUUCUAAAAAAGAAGAAAAUACAAUAAACAUGGAAAAUGAAGUUGAAAGAAAUCAAUUUAUACAAUUUGCUCUUGAUAUUGCAAAAGGAAUGGAACAUUUAGAAUCUAAAGGUAUCGUUCAUAGAGAUCUUGCUGCAAGGAAUAUUUUACUUACUUCAGAUUUACAUUUAAAGAUAUGUGAUUUUGGACUUUCUCGAAAUGGAAUUUAUACUAUAAAUGAUACGUCAAACAAAAUACGUCAACUUCCAGUACGUUGGAUGUCACCAGAAACUUUACAAGAUCGUAUAUUUUCUUCUAAAAGUGAUGUUUGGUCAUUUGGCAUAGUACUAUGGGAAAUUGGUACUCUUGGAGCUUUUCCAUAUUCGGAUAUUCCAGAUAACAAACUACUACAACAUAUAAUUAUUGAAAAACAGUCUUUGAAUCAGCCAAAAAAUAUUCCUUGUGAUAUUUAUAAAAUAAUGCAAUAUUGUUGGGCAUUUCAACCAGAGAAUAGACCUACUUUUGCACAACUUCUAUUAAAUUUACAAGUUUUAUUAGAAUUAUAUCCUUUGCAAAAUGGAAAAAGUAAUCCUUGUUAUACGUUGUUAUCUUAAUAUUAAGAUAUGUAAUAAGAACUACUACAAAUAAAAACUAUUGUAAUAACAAUUGUAUUCAUGUCUUGAUA